GGAAGAGGCGGCCUGGAAGAGGGAAGUCACACUUUUCUCGGGAAGGCCUGGGGAGACUUUCGCUCCGCUGCGCUCCAUAGCGGCCCAAAGGGGUGAAGGGUCAGUUAGCGAGUUGUAGGUCAUGGCGCUGGCCGCUCGCCUCUGGCGCUUUCUCCCUUGGGCACGUGGCGUCUUUCCGGGACCUUGGCUCUUGAGGGGUGUUGCUGGCAGCCGCGGACUGUGCUGUACUUGGAGACUCCGCGGCUUGGAGGUGAUGGGAAAUCUAGGAACUUUCAAAAGAAGCCUUUUAUUCUCAGCUGUACCUUAUCUGGGUUUUGAAGCAUAUCAAGUAUUUUCCCAGGCUGCGGUGGUUCAUGCCACAGCCAAAGUCUUCAGAGUUGAAGAAAUUCUCGAACAAGCAGACUACCUAUAUGAGAGUGGAGAAACAGAAAAACUUUAUCAGUUGCUGACCCAGUACAAGGAAAGUGAAGAUGCAGAGUUACUGUGGCGACUGGCACGGGCAUCACGUGAUACAGCUCAGCUUAGCGGGACCUCAGAAGAAGAGAAAAAACUCUUGGUCUAUGAAGCCCUAGAGUAUGCGAAAAGAGCACUAGAAAAAAAUGAAUCCAGUUUUGCAGCUCAUAAGUGGUAUGCCAUCUGUAUGAGUGAUGUUGGAGAUUAUGAAGGCAUCAAGGCUAAAAUUGCAAAUGCCUACAUUAUCAAGGAGCAUUUUGAGAAAGCAAUUGAACUGAACCCAAAAGAUGCUACCUCAAUUCACCUUAUGGGUAUUUGGUGUUAUACAUUUGCCGAAAUGCCUUGGUAUCAAAGAAGAAUUGCUAAAAUGCUGUUUGCAACUCCUCCUAGUUCCACCUAUGAGGAGGCAUUAGGCUACUUUCACAGGGCAGAGCAAGUGGAUCCAAACUUCUACAGCAAAAACUUGCUUCUUUUAGGAAAGACAUAUUUGAAAUUACACAAUAAAAAGCUUGCUGCCUUCUGGCUAAUGAAAGCCAAGGACUAUCCAGCACACACAGAGGAGGAUAAACAGAUACAGACAGAAGCUGCUCAGUUGCUUACAGGUUUCACUGACAAGAAUUGAGAAUUUUUCAGAGAAGAAAGCACAUGAAAUAUCUAAGAAACAUUGCCUUUUCAUCAAAUUACAAAGAUAAUACAUAAACUAUAACUGUUCUACGGCUGUUUUCUCGGUUCUUUAAUAUGACCAUUUAACAAACGAAAUAUACAAAAUUCUAAGUUUCUUCACAGAUAACAAAAGAAAUAAUUACAAAAGAUUGGUAGAGACUUCUCCCUGGCUCAGAGGCAGAGAUAUUGCACAUUUAAGACACCAGCAAUACAAAGUGGUGUAAGAUUUCUUAGGAGGAUGGUUCACAUUAGAAUGGGAGAUCAAGAAAAUAAAAAGCUUUGUGGAAGAGGUUUCAUUGGGGGUGUGCAUUUGUCAGACUGGACUGAUGCAAAGUGGAGAUCUUGCAGAGAAGGUGCAGUGAAAAUUAGGAGGUUAGGAUGUUGAGGGUUCUUGGUAUAAAGUAGUUAAAUGAUGGAUCUUGGAACCAACCUGCAUAAGGAAAAAACAAGUCAGGAGAGGACGGAAAAUGGAGUGAUUUUUUUUUUUUUAAUCUGACAUAGUCUCACAAGUGGAGGAUUGAUUUUGUCACUACACAAAGCCCAGAUUCUCUUCCCUAAUGUGGUGAAAAGAACACAGAACUCAAGGGUGAAACAGAAAUGAAGAUGUUUUAAAUAGGCAGGACAGUAUUACUUGAGGCUGGGAUGCCACCACUGCAAAACUGUUUUAUAAAAAGGAUUAUCUUGAAUGUCAGAUAAAUCAACAGUGCAUGCAUAGUGGGUUUUCCCCAGAGGAUUUGGGAAUUAUAAUGUUAACAGUGAACUGUGCAGAUGUGGUCUGUGUUAUCAUGUAUAUUUUUGAACAAGAAGGAAAAAGUCCUGGACUCUAUAUACCCAUCCCAAUUGCUAAUCUUCUGCUAUAUUUCACUGUUAUGUGUGUAUAUUUAUAUAUAUAUACGUGUGUGUGUGUGUGUAUGUUUCUAAACUGUUGAAAUUGUAGACAAUAUACUUCAUCCCUAAAUAUUUCAGCCUGUGUUAUAUCAGAAUAAGGACAUCCUUCUAAACAAACAAAAACUCAUUAGCACAACUAAAAGUUAACAGUAGUUCUUUAAAAUCAUCUUCUAAUACCAGCCAUAUUCAUAUUUUCUCACAUGUCCCAGGAAUGUCUUACACUUUUAAAAACUAGGAUCCAGUCAUACAUUGUAUAUGAUUUUCUGCCUUACUUUUUAAAAAUCUAGAAGAGUUCUCCCAUCUUUUUUUCUUUUAAUCCCACCAAUUCAUUGACUGAAGAGGCCAGUCCAGUUAUCUUAGAUCAUCCCUCAUACCAGAUUUGCCUUACCCCACACUUUGAGAACCACUGUUCCAUCUUAUUUUCAGCAACUCUGAUUGUGUGUAUUAGAUCUUCUUUGCCUAAUUUUUUUAUCAUGUCUCUGAUUUUUCUCUUUACCUCUUUCAGUUUCAUUUUCUUGGCUCUUUGAAUUUGUCUUCCAUGUCUCUUAUUUUUGAUUGUUUUCUUCCUCAGAUACAUUUUAUCUUCACUUUCGAGAUGUCUUUUUCUUCCUUUUUUUUUUCCUGAUUCCAGUCAGCAGGCAUUUCACAUUUUCAUGUAGUUUGUCCAGUUCUGAGUUUCUGAAUUUCUAUUUUGAUUUUUUUUGAUAUCUAUAGUUAUUUACAUUUAAUUCAUAUUAGUAUAUUGUGUUAAAGAAUGUUUCUGGUUUGAGCAUCCUCUGGAAUUUUCUCCUUUUCAAUUUUCUCUAUGGAGUGACUUUGAGUAUUUUCUGGUGGGGGCUGUGUGUGUGUGUGUGUGUGUGUGUGUAUGUUUUGAGUUACCAGCAGUACCAGGUAAUCAAAUGGGUGGUGAAGUGAAGGGUUUGUUUUUUGGAUUUGUUCAAGAAUAAUCUCUGUGAAGUGGUUUUUGUGGAAUGAGGUAUCUUUCAGUAAUAAAACCUUUUAUGGGAGGGGUCUGUCUUCUGGUAUUUUAUAGUGCUUUUAAAAAAUUUUUUUGCUUUGAAAUCAUAGAUUCACAGGAAGUUGGUGGAAAAAAAGUAGAGAGGCCCCAGAGGUAAACCUAUAACUACAGUACAGUAUCAAAACCACAUAAUUGGUAUAGCCCAUAGAUCUUACUCAGAUUUUACUUCUAAAUGCUCUCACUUAAUGUGUGUUCUACGUAUUUUGUUACAUGUAGUUUUUUUAAACUGCCGCUAUAAUCAAGAUACAGAACUGUUCUACCAAAUCAUAUAAAUUCCUAGUGCUGUCCCUUUAUGGUCACACCUAUUCACUUUCCCUCCCUGCCACCAUCCCUAAUCCUGGCAACCACGAAUUUCAAGACUGUUAUAUAAAUGGAAUCAGAUUGUGUGACCUUUUGAAAAUUGGCCUUUUUCAUUUAACAUAAUUCCUUUGAGAUCCAUCUCAAUAUAGUCAGUAGUUGAUUCCUUUGUACUGCUGAUUAUAUUUCACUGUAGUAGUGUACCUGUUUAUUUAACCAUUCACUGAAGGUCAUUUAGGCUGUUUCCAGUCAUUGACUCCUACGAACAUUGGGUACAGGUUAUAUCAACACCCAGGAGUGCAGUUGCUGGGUCUUAAUUUAUAGAGCUGUUAUCUUCCCUUUUUUCCCCUUUUAAACUAAGGGAUAGCUAGCUCCCUUCUCCAAGAUGUGGUACAUUCCUAAGAUUCUGAUUGUGUGUACUCUUUCUCUUCAUUUUGACUACCCAGGAGUCUGAUUCACCAGGUCUUACACUGGUUCUUGGCAUUUCCUCACAGUGAGACCUAUUCUGGGAACAAACCCUAGGACCCCAUUAUUCUCCUUCUUGUGCAGUCCCUACUUAAUUGUCUGUGUUCCAAAUGUGACUGCUAGUUUGAGAUGCUCAUUUCCCCACAUGCAUGUGAACAGAAGUUUGUAGUAGUCUGCCCUUGUAUUACAGACAUGGGCUAUGGGCGAUUAUAAUUACCUUGCCUUGUGGACAGGUUUACUUCCUUUGAGGAUUGAGAAUAAAUCUGGAUUUGGAAAGUGGCUACUUUAUAAAAAAUCUGAAAGCUCUCAGUUAACUUAUUAGCAAAAUUUUCCCAACGGAGCAUUUAAUCAUAGACUGUGAACUAGCUAUGGACUUUGUAAAAAUGACUCACUAAUCUGUAAAAUAAGCAUCAUGACAACAAAGAAAAAGCAAAAGACACCAACCUUAGAGGAGUUAUGAGGAUGAAAGAGAAUACAUAAAGGAUAUACCGUAUCAGUAAGUAUUUUUAAAUGCGAUUAUCGGUAUUCUCCUUGGUUGAGAUUUGGGAGAGAAAAUUUGGAAUUUAGGAAAUGCCACUUUUUGAGUUGUACAUUUUUGCUUCUAAAUUAUUUGAGGGGUAUUUUUUGAUUUCAUGUGUUCACCAUACAACCUAUUUUGGACUGUGUGUGCCUGGGCAUUAUUGUACCCUAAAUUUAUUGGGAAGAAAAAAUAAGAAGGAGCGGUGGAUUAUUUUGGCAAGGGCCAUGAAUUAUUUUAAUGAAUGCCCUGUUCUAACCCACUGCACUGCCCUCUGAGAAUAGUGAACUGUUUUGUCCUACGACUGAAGAGUAUACAGUUGGUAAAAAGGAGCCUCAUAAACGUAGACGGCUUCUCUGAUACGGUCUGGGGUUUUUCCUCAAAACAGUUUACCUUAAGUUUGGUUUUUAAGAUCAACGGAUUAAGAAAACUGGGGAGUGUUCAUAAGACAACCUUUGUUCUCUCAUCUACAUAUUUAAACGAGAUUUUUUACUUCUGCAAUAUCCACUAGAGUUCAACAUUCAGACUCAGAAAGUCUGCAAUAGGCUGAGAAGGCUUAUUAAUAAGAUAGGAACCACAGCUGACCAGCAAGUCAGUCAGGACUUCCUACAUUUCAGAAGAUGACCUUACAGCAGCAGUCUGUGUAGCAGAGCAUUCACACAGCGACAAGAACUAUCAUCUCCCCAGGUCACAGCUCAGGACCUCAGAAGGGACAUGUAGUUAUGGGUUUCCUCUGGGAAAUCCAAAGGUAUGGUUUAUUAAGUAUCUGGAGAUUUCCCAGUCCAGAUGAACUUAUCAGUCACGUGUCAUUUCUAAUAGAAGCAGUAUUGCCUAACGGUAUGUUGACACAUAACCACCCUAUCUAGUUGUAAAGAUAGGAGGCAGGUGAUUAACUGAAGGCUGUGAUGUUAAAAGGUUUUAUUAACUCUUUGAGCUUCAACUGCCACUUGUAGCUGCUUUCCUGGGAAGACAGACAUAUCUGAUUGAUGAGAUAGAAAUUAUGUUGUGCCUGUUACCCAUUCACUGGGCUCUGUUCGGUGGUGGUGAGUGAGUGUCACUGAAAUGAAAUAAUAUGAAUCUGUCUCUAAGCCUCAUUCUUUGCCUGUUUCUUCAUUUCAGGCAUAGUGAGCCUGUCUAGCCCAGCACAGGACAAGGAUGGGAAAAGAAGAGAGAAGACUCAAAGAAUUCCCUGUGCUGAGUUCAACUGGAUUGCAGCUGGUGGGGUGGGGGGGUCCAGUCCCCACUCUGUCUCGUGAAGUAGCUCUACUGUAGUUAAAACCAUUCUGUAUUUUCUUUUCUCAUAAGGAAAGUUCAUUAUCCAGGUUACCUUCUACUACCCCAUCUGCCUUUGCCCCAACUCCUGUGUGAGAGUCAGGAAACCUGAUAAGAGCCUUUUAAGGCAGCCAAUUACAAUGGUGUUCUUCUCAGACCAUUUUAUUCCCUUUGUAUGAAAAGUUAAAUAUAUUAAAUGGUAGCAAUUAAGCAGACUGUGUACCUUCUCCCUUACCCCCACGUCAUGCUUCAAGGUACACUGAUAGCAGAAAGGUCAAGAAGGUAUCUUUCAGUACAGUCCUAGACUAAGACAAUCUGUCACUUUCUAAUUCUUACAUCUUUCACAUAAAGCCUUGUCAAAUUCUGUCAUUCUUUCUACUGAAUCUCUAGCCUUCUAUCACUGCCAGAGAUACUUUCCUCAAAAGACAUGCCAGUUUAAAAAAACCUGUGCUGUGCUCACUCUGGCAGCACAUAUACUAAAAUCAGAAAAUAGAGGUUAGCAUGGCCCCUGCACCAGGAUGACACGCAAAUUUGUGAAGCAUUCCAUUAAAAAAAAAAA